AGCGGAGAGGAUAAAGAAGAACUACACACCUCCCGUUCUCCUCCGACGCACGCGCAUCUUUUAGAAUCACAGCUGGAGAUCUGACACGCUGCCUGAGAGUGUACCAGACAAACUCACUGGAGGGAGUAGAACCCGUCGUGAUUUGUUUUCAAACUCCGAUGGCUGUGUAACCGGUCCGUCAAACACGCAAGGGAAAACGCAGAAACCGUUCCAGUGGAUUGGGGGACGCGUCACGCAUUGUUGGAUCUGGGCUUAGUUUGUGUUCUCGGGAAAUACGCACAAAUAUGGAUACUAACAGCCUAUCAACCGCAUUUAUAAUAGCAUUGACAACGUUGUCCUGUGUAUCAACUUUGGAGUUCCCAACAGAACGUGUGGUGAAGAACUGGGUUGAACAGAUGCAACAUGAGCUGGUGACAUUGACAGAUUCAGCCAGUGGGAUUCACAAUCUUGUCCAGAUCUUCCAUAACCACAGGAAGCACUUCACCAUAGAGUCCAACGACGCCAGACAUCUGGUGUCCAGCGCAGCAGGGAACAUCGAGAAGCUUCUGGCUAACCGCUCUCGCGCCCUUCAUAGUCUGGCGAAUGCUGCAGAGCACCUUCAGAUGGAACACCAGUGGCAGGACAACUUGGUGGAGGAAGAUUUAUAUUACUACAACGCCAAAGAUGACUUCUACGCUAACGAGACGGAGACUCGUAAGAACCGGGUCUACCCCGUCUUCAAGGAGGACCCGGCGUUUAAACGACCCGUAGACUACAACCACACUGCUGUUCACAUCCCCACUGACAUAUACAAGGGCUCCACCAUCGUGGUGAACGAGCUGAACUGGACGGCCGGCCUGGAGGAGGUGUUUAAGAAGAACAAGGAGGAGGACCCCUCCCUGCUCUGGCAGGUGUUCGGUUCUGCCACCGGAUUGGCCCGCUACUUCCCAGCAUCCCCCUGGAUGGACUUGCGGAAAACGCCCAAUAAGAUCGACCUCUACGACGUCCGGCGGCGACCGUGGUACAUCCAAGGAGCAGCAUCGCCUAAGAACAUGCUGAUACUGGUGGACGCGAGUGGUAGUGUCUCAGGGCUCACCCUUAAACUCAUCCGGACCUCGGUCAACGAGAUGUUGGAGACCCUGUCUGACGACGACUAUGUCAAUGUUGUUUACUUCAACAGCAUAGCGGUCCAGGCUGCGUGUUUUGACAAUCUGGUUCAGGCCAACAUGAGGAACAAGAAGAUUCUGAAAGAGGCCGUGCAGAACAUCUCAGCCAAGGGCAUCACCAACUACAAGGACGGCUUCGAGCUGGCCUUCGCUCAGCUCUCCUCGAUGAACACAACCAAGCACUGCAACAAGAUCAUCAUGCUUUUCACGGACGGAGGUGAGGAGCGGGCGCAGGAGAUCUUCCAGAAAUACAACCCUGACAAGAAGGUGAGGAUAUUCACGUUUUCAGUGGGCCAACAUAAUUAUGACAAAGUACCGAUCCAGUGGAUGGCUUGCAAUAACAAAGGAUACUACUAUGAAAUCCCAUCCAUCGGAGCGAUACGAAUCAACACACAGGAGUACCUGGAUGUGUUGGGGAGACCCAUGGUGAAGGCAGACAAGAAGGCUAAGCAAGUCCAGUGGACCAAUGUCUACCUGGAUGCUCUGGAACUAGGCCUUGUCAUCACAGGAACUCUGCCGGUCUUCAACAAGACCAACACCAAAGCUGACAAGGAGAGAGGAAUGCAGAGGCCGCAGAACCAGCUGAUCCUGGGGGUGAUGGCUAUCGAUGUGUCCCUGGACGACAUCAAGAGACUAACGCCUCGGUUUACUUUCGGACCAAACGGGUACUACUUCGCCAUCGACCCCAACGGUUACGUCCUGCUGCAUCCCAACCUGCAGCCGAAGAACCCUAAGUUUCAGGAGCCGGUCACUCUGGACUUCCUCGAUGCUGAGUUGGAGGAUGAGAUCAAAGUGGAGAUUAGAAAAAAGAUGAUUGAUGGAAACACAGGCAACCACACGAUACACACACUGGUGAAAUCCCAAGAUGAGCGGUACAUAGACCGAGGCCUGAGAUCAUAUACGUUUGCUCCUGUGAUAGGAACAGACUACAGCAUAGCACUGGUCCUGCCUGAGUACAGCCUGCACUACAUCCGAGCCACAAUCGGAGACACGAUCACACAAGCCAAAUUCUCGGAAAGCCUACAGGAAGACAAGUUUGACGAUUACGGAUACACGCUCAUCGCUCCGAGAGAGUACUGCAAAGACCUGAAGCCCUCGAAAAAUAACUCUCAGUUUUUGAUGGAAUUCAACGAGUACAUCGACAGGAAGACGCCUAACAACCCUCAGUGCAACGUAGAGCUGGUGAACAGGCUUCUGCUGGACGCGGGGAUCACCUCCGACCUCAUUAAGCGCUGGAGAGAGGAGGAGGAGCUGCCACACGGUGUCCUGGCGCGGUUUGUCGCCACAGAUGGAGGGAUCACACGAGUGUUUCCUAAAAGUGCCGGUCAGUACUGGAGCGAGGACGCAGAGACCUAUGAAUCAAGCUUCUACAAGAGGAGUCUAGACAACAAUGUCUACAUAUUCACACCAACGCCCUACCCCAGUAAUGACAACAUGAGUGAAGACUCUGUGUUAGUAAGCAAAGCUGUGGACCUGCACAUUGAUGGAACAACUCUCAAACCAGCAGUCAUUGGUGUGAAGUUAGAUAUCAACGCUUGGAUGGCCAACUUCAUCAACGCAACUUUGAGCAUGAAUUGCAGAGACGAGUACUGCGGCUGUCUCAGAAAUGAUGCGCAUUUGGACUGUGUCAUCCUGGAUGACGGGGGCUUCCUGGUCAUGGCCAACAGAGACGAGUACAUUGAACAGAUCGGUCAGUUUUUCGGGGUGAUCGACCCCAUCCUGAUGACCGACCUGGUCAACAUGUCUCUGUUCACCCUCAACAAGACGUACGACUACCAGUCAGUGUGUGACCCUGAGAGGGAGAGCAAGGCAGACGCAGGCCUGCGCUCCGUCUAUGUGCCCACCAUAGUGGACAUUUUGAACGUUGGCUGGUGGGCUUCCGCGGCUGCCUGGUCGAUCCUGCAGCAGAUGUUGCUGAGCAUCACCUUCCCCAGGUUCCUAGAAGCAGCUGAUGCUGAAGAGGACCUGUCGGACAUCCUGAUGAAGCAGAGCUGCAUCACCAUGCAGACUCAGUUCUUCUUCGACAACAGAGACGAGAGGUCCUUCAAAGGAGCCCUGGACUGCGACAACUGUUCCAGGAUCUAUCACGCAGAGAAGCUGUGGAAGACCAACCUGGUGUUCAUCGUGUCGGACGCCAGACACACCUGCACGUCCUGCGACCCCAAACCCCUGAUCCAGGCCGAGCAGCCGUCUAAGGGUCCUGACCCCUGUAAACUGGCCAAGAAUCCACGCUACAGGAAAGGUCCCAAUGAUUGUUUUGAAAACAACACAAAUGAGGAUGACUUUGACUGCGGCGGUGCCUCCAGCCUGAGGCCGCCACUCUUGUUACUGGUGGCGUUCCAGCUGGCCUUGUACCGGCUUCUGAUUGGCUCUGAUCACCACGCCGUCUCCUCGUGACCUUUGAACCGUCUAGCCCCUCUCCUCUUCCUCC